AUGCGGUGGGAGAAACCCACGGCUAUUCAGGCUUUGUCCAUUCCUCCGGCUCUUGAAGGCCGAAACUUGGUGGCUCUGGCAGAAACCGGUUCGGGAAAAACUGGGGCUUAUGCACUGCCCAUCAUCCAGAAACUUUUGGACUCUCCCCAUCCUUUUUUUGCGCUGAUUUUGGCUCCUACGCGCGAAUUAGCUGCUCAGGUUCACGCUCAGUUUGUAGCUUUGGGUAAAGCAAUUGGUUUGCGUGCCAUUCUGUUGGUCGGUGGGAUUCCCAUCACACAACAAGCGGAUCAAAUGCGCAUUUCACCUCCUCAUGUCCUGAUUGCUACACCUGGUCGGCUUCUGGAUCACCUGAAAAAGACCAAAGGGUUCGACGAGUUGAAGUUUGCCAAUCUACGGUUCUUGGUGAUUGAUGAAGCAGAUCGGAUGCUGGGAUCCGAUUUCGACUCAGUGCUGGAGCGAAUACUCUGUCUGCUUCCGACGGAUCGACAGACGUUUUUAUUCUCUGCGACCAUGACGGAGAAGGUUGGCAAAUUACAACGUGCAUCCAUUCGUGAUCCCGUUCGAGUGUCUACGAGAAAGAGUAAAUUCCAAACUGUUACGAACCUUCGUCAGUAUGUGCAGUUGGUUCCUCAGGUGGAACUGGACACUUAUCUGGUUUAUUUGCUCCGAGUGGCUUUGUGUUCCAAUCUCUCUGCACCUGGACUAGACAUGCUUCGCUUGCAACAGGCCAAACCGACCGCAGAAGAAACGGAAUCCGAAACAGACUGGGCUGAUUUAAAAUAA